AUGUCCGCGACCACCCAUCGUCUUGCCCGCUAUCCGACAUGGCUCACCCACUGGCUUGGCUACCGUGCGACGCCCCACCACAAGGUUCCUGAGCCCCUUGUCUGGAUGUGGUCUUGGAUCGCUGCGUUUGGUGGUCUCUCCGUCCUCCAGGCGCUUUUCGGCCACUCCAAAUACUUUAUCGACCGCAAGGUCCCGCCCGUCGUCGCGUCUUAUGGCGCAUCUUGUGUCCUUAUUUACGGCGCCAUCGAGGCCCCGCUCGCCCAGCCCCGCGCGUUCAUUGGCGGGCACUUCAUCGCAGGCCUCAUCGGACUCUGCAUCACCAAACUCUUUUCCCUCUCCCCGCACUUCGAGUCCCUCCGCUGGCUCGCCGCCGCACUCAGCACCCCCACCGCCAUCGUUGCCAUGCAGAUCACCGGCACAACCCAUCCGCCUGCAGGCGCGACCGCGCUUCUGCCCGCGAUCGACGACACCGUCUGGGCGAUGAGCUGGUACUAUCUCCCCGUCAUCCUCCUCUCCUGUGCGCUGUUCCUCGCCAUCGCCCUGCUCUUGAACAACAUCCAGAGGCGGUACCCGAUGUACUGGUUCAAGCCCGUUGUAGCAAUCCCGGCAAAGCCGGAGCCUGCCCUUGGUGCGCCAGAUGAUGAUGCACCGAGCACGACGUCAAACGAGGAGGCGUCGGUCGCCGCACCUGCACCAGAGAAGACGGGCCCGGAGGCCGUAUAG